AUGGCUGUCAAUCUGCCUCCUAUAUCUUGGGGCCUUGGAGCCGAGAUGAUGUGUCUGAAAAUGGACCUCGGGGACAUAGUCACGCCGAGGACACGUGUCACAAUGCAUCUGAUAGGGUUCUUCCUCUUCCUUGCUUUGACCAUUUACACUGCAAUGAAGAUUCCGAAGGUUGUGGAUCUCCGUACCCUACAACAUAUCCCUGACGUGCUGAGAAAAGCUGAUCUGCAUAAACUGCAUGCAGAACUCAUGACCUGUCUUCCUUCCUUACCAAACAUGCCUGAUUUGCAUAGGCUUCGGGAGGAGUUAAAGACAGCAUUGCCUUCCAUGGAUUUGCUACCAUCACUAUCGAAUUGGCAUAUUGUAGAACUGCUCACUAAUUGUUUGCCUGAGCGAUUCUCCCAUGCCAACCAUUCUGAUGUUUGUGUUCUGCAUAGCAUGAAGGAAGAUCUGGCAAACAUUAUUGCUCCCUUAAUGAUGAGGCCAAUCACACGUUGGCCAUUCUUUGUUUUCCUGGGUGGGGCCAUGUUUUGCUUGCUAGCAAGCAGCACAUGCCAUUUGCUCUCAUGUCACUCUAAGCGAGUAUCAUACAUCAUGCUUAGGCUGGACUAUGCUGGUAUUGCUGCCCUGAUAUCAACCUCAUUCUAUCCUCCAGUCUACUAUUCCUUCAUGUGCUACCCGUUUUUCUGCAAUCUUUACAUGGGAUUCAUAACUCUCGUGGGAAUUGGCACAAUCCUUGUUUCCCUCCUCCCAGUGUUCCAAAACCCAGAAUAUCGUAGCAUCCGUGCAUCCCUCUUCUUUGGGAUGGGUGUAUCGGGGGUAGCGCCCAUUUUGCACAAGCUUAUCUUGUUCUGGCACCAGCCCGAGGCACUCCAUACAACUGGAUAUGAGAUUUUGAUGGGGGUUUUCUAUGGGCUUGGAGCUCUUGUUUAUGCAAUGAGGGUUCCAGAGCGGUGGAUGCCUGGAAAAUUCGACAUUGCUGGACAUAGCCACCAACUUUUUCAUGUAUUGGUAGUGGCAGGGGCCUACACACAUUAUCAGGCUGGACUAGUUUACCUCAAGUGGCGUGACAUGGAAGGGUGCUAAGAGUUCAUUGGAGAAAGAUGAACUAGUAGUAGAAGUCUCUGCUUAAUAAGUAAUUCAGAUGUGUACGUUAAUGCAGCGGGAAGAGGUGCUCUCCCCUUAUUACGAAUUGAACUUCUUUGUUAAUGAAUUGUUGGAUUUAUCAGCCUUCUUGUUAGAUGGGAUCGCACAUCAGUCAUAUACGAAUGACUAGGCACGUGUGUUCUCAAUACAAGUACAUGAAUAAUACAAGUAC